AUGCACGAGGUUUCGGUGAGACGCACCAUCGAGCCCGAAGAAUCGUGUACGGUGCUGGACGCGCUCCAUAAAAUCUCCGUACAACAGAAGCAGGGCUAUGGGCUGUUGCGACUGUGCGGGAUUAGCACUUACAUCGGUGGGCGCAACCGAGGAAAUUGGAUCUCUGCAGUGCUAGUGUACAGAGUUAGGGCUUCUUUUCCCUACAUCGCGCUCGCAGCCCCACGUGGUGGUGGUGGUGGUGGUGGUGGUGGACGUCUGGGCGAGGUUUCCCCAGCUGCCUUCCACUUCGUCACCGACCGGGUUGGGUGGCAGCCCGGUUCCGAUUGCGUCGCAACGCUCAAGCCCCUCCGCCUCAUACCACACCUGCCUACGAUGCACGCAUAUAAGCACUGGCGAACUUGGAAGCGCAGAGAGACAGUGCACUCGCUCACCUCCUCCAUCCGACGCGCACAAAAACGGGCCACCGCCACUGCGAGAACAACUGCGAGGAACGCCCAUAAGCGCAAGACCGCACACGUGAACCCUGAUACGCACCCAACAGCGCCUACAAUGAGCUACUCCGACCCCGCCGCCACCCCCAAGCCCCGCAUGAAAGACCCCCGCCCCGAGCCCGAGCCCGACUGCGACUACGAGCCCAUCUCGAGCCCCAGCGCGAGCGUGAGCACCGACUUCUUCACCGCCACGCAGAGCAACCCCUCGCCCGCGCCCACACCUUCCCGCCGCAGCCCGGCCCCGAGCGAGGACCGGAACAGGCCCGACCCUAACCGUGUCGGCCCCCUGCGCUCGGCCCUGCUCCGCGCGGUGCUCGACAAGUCGCGCCGCCGCGCGGAGUGGAUGGCGUACCUGCAGACACGCGCGGCGAUCGGGCCCGCGUCCGCGCUCGCGCCGCCGUGGCCCCCGCUGCCCCCGCACGUGCCGGAGCCGCGGGUGCACUACAACUGGGUGCCGCGGCCGCAGCCGCACGCGCAUGCGAAUGGGAGUGCGCACGUGGUGCAUCUGGGGCCACGGUUCGCCGGGUGGCCGCAGUACCAGGAGCAGGACCGGGGCGCGGCGUCGCGGGUGCCGGACGAGCAGCCCGCCGCGAGGCCGCGGACGUGGGAGGAGGAGGAGGAGGAGGAAGCGGUGACGUGGGCAUUCAAUGAGAUGCUGAGGGAGUUGUCGAACCGUGGAGAGCCGGUGGACGAGCGUGAGUUGGGAGAGGCAUUGGUCGCGGUGCGGCAGCUGCUGCGCAGGGAGGGGCCGUGGGCCAUUGAACAGCGGGGGCAGAGUAUGUCAAACUAUUCAGGAUAUGUUAACAAGGCGAUCAUAGAGAACGUAUAG